AUGUACGUAGUAACAUAUGAUAGAGACCCGUUAUUGGGCCGGGAAUGGAUCAAUCAGUUGAAAAUUCUAGCUAAAGUCAAAAAUAGUUUAGUAGAAAUUGAGGACGUUAAAAUGCUAGAUGCAUGCGGUCAGAAAAGACUGGCAAAAUUAUUAGAGAAAUAUAGAAAUGUGUUGAGUGAAGAGUUUGCUCACAUUAAGAAUUUUAAAGCGCACUUGAAAUUGAAGCCGGACGCGAAACCUACAUUUAUUAAAAACCGUGUAGUACCUUUUAAAAUUGUGGAGAAAGUUGAAAAAGAAUUAGACCGCAUGGUAAAGGCCGGAAUACUAGAGAAGGUAGAAUCUUCAAGGUGGGCCACGCCGAUUGUGCCCGUGUUAAAAAAAGAUGGUGGAAUUCGGGUAUGUGGCGAUUUUAGUGUAACAGUUAAUCCGGCAUUAAUAAUAGAUGAGCAUCCCUUACCUACUAUGGAUCAGUUAUGUGCGUCAAUGUCGAGAGGCACGAUAUUUUCGAAAAUAGAUCUGAAGCAAGCGUAUUUACAAUUACCAGUCGCGGAAGCAGACAGAGAAAUACUUACUUUGAGUACGCAUAAAGGAUUAUUUCGAUGUAAUAGAUUGAUGUACGGGGUGGCAUCGGCACCUGCUAUUUGGCAGAGAAUUAUGGAAGAGAUAUUAAGUGGAAUUGAAAGGGUUGCAGUAUUUUUAGACGAUAUUAGAAUCGCGGGAGAAAAUAUUGAGCAGCAUGUAGAACGAUUAGAGGCAGUGUUGAAACGUUUAUCAGAGCAUAACAUACGUAUAAACAUAGAUAAAUGUGCGUUUCUUAAAGAUCAAAUUACGUAUUGUGGAUAUUUAAUCAGUAAAAAAGGGAUUCAAAAGGAACCAAAGAAAAUAGAGGCAGUACAAAGAAUGCCUAGAUCAAAGAAUGUUACGGAAAAAAAUGCGAUAUUUAAAUGGUCUGAAGAAUGCGAAGUCGCAUUUAAUAAAGUUAAAGUAGAAUUUGGGAGUGAUAAAAUAUUAGUUCCGUUUAAUUCCAAGCUACCGCCAGUGCUUGCAGUGGAUGCCAGCCCGUACGGGGUAGGAGCGGUUUUAUCGUAUUGGUAUCCUGAUGGUACCGAGCGCGUGAUUCAGUACGCAUCAAAUUCGUUAACGGAAACGCAAAAGAAAUAUGCGCAAAUUGAUAAAGAAGCGCUCGCGAUCAUAUUCGGAGUCAAGAAAUUUCACCAAUUUCUGUAUGGGAAUCGAUUUAUAUUAUUAACCGAUCAUAAACCGCUAGCACAGAUUUUUAACUCGCAAAAGGGUUUUCCAGCGUAUAGUGCUAUGCGAAUGCAGCACUAUGCGGUAUUCUUGCAAGCCUUCAAUUUUGAUAUCAAAUAUCGUAGGUCCCAAGAGUAUGGGAACGCUGACAGUUUUUCACGAUUGCCCAUACAGGAAAAGAGCGUUGGAAAUUAUGAUACAAUCGAUGUUUUUCAAAUAGAGAAUCUAGAAGUUUUGCCGGUGACAGCCAAGAGUAUUCGUGAAGAAACGAAUAAAGACAGAGUUUUGAUAAAGAUUCGACAAGCCUUAGAGAAAAGUAAAAGUCUCGUGCCACUAGGAUACCAUGACAGCGAAUUUUCAUUACAAAAUGACAUAAUUUUCAAGAAAGACAGAGUAGUUAUCCCGGAAAGUUUAAGACAUAAAGUGUUAAAAGAAUUACAUGUAGAACAUUUUGGCACAGUUAGAAUGAAACAAUUAAGUAAAAAUUUUUGUUGGUGGCCAAAAAUGGACAAAGAGAUCGAAGAGGUAACAAAAAAUUGUAAAGCAUGUAUGCUAGUUAAUAAAAAUCCGACUAGUAAACAUAAACAUCAUUGGGAAGCGGCGUCCAGACCGUUCGAGCGAGUACAUGUAGACUUCGCAGGUCCGUUUAUGGGACACAUGUUUCUAAUUCUGGUAGAUGCGUAUACCAGAUGGCCGGAGGUGUACAUUGUUAAAGAUAUGUCAGUGAGAAAUACGAUUGAGAAAUGCAGAGAGAUUUUCGUUACGUUUGGUCUACCACAAACAUUAGUUUCGGACAAUGGUCGAACUUUUAUAGCCACAGAGUUUGAGAAUUUUCUAAGAAACAAUGGCAUUCAUCACAAACGUACAGCUCCGUACCAUCCAGCCACGAAUGGCUUAGCGGAACGUUUCGUUCAAACACUAAAACAAGCUUUACGUAAAUUUAAUUCUGUAUAUAAUGGUAAUAUCAGGGCGAAUUUGCAGAAGUUUCUUUUCCAAUAUAGAAUAACUCCACAUCUGGAAUUAAAUAAAUCACCGGCGGAAGCUAUGUUCGGAAGAACAUUAAGAAGUAGGUUAGAAUUAAUGUUUCCUGAAGGAGAUAAAGAGAAAGAAAAAAUGGAAAAUAGUAGCGCAGGAAGAAAUUUUAGAGAAGGCGAAAGAGUCGCCGUGCGAGACUAUUUAAAUAAAGAAAAUAAAUGGCGUUUUGGAAACAUAAGUAGAAAAUUCGGUAAACUGCAUUACGAGAUCAAAUUAGACGAUGGUAGAAUCUGGAAACGUUACAUUGACCAAAUGAAAGCGAUAGGAAACCGGAUUAGUGAUAAGUUGCAAUCCAAGGAUAUCGAUCAUAAUGGUCCGAGGAAAACAAGCGAGAUCGUGAUUACCGAGAACAAUGCUAACAGUAACAUAAAUGCGACACAGGGAAUUUUCGACUCUGGUUCGAGACAUCGCUCCGAAGCAAUGAAAUAG